UUGAAAGGCGGCGGGAGGCGGCGGGCGCGAUGGCGAGCCUGGAGCGCCUGCUGUGCGUGCUGAGCCUGCUCCUGUGCUGGGCGGCCAGCCCCGGGCUGUGCGCUCCUCGAGCCUCCACCUCCGAGAAGCCCAUCAUCGAUAUUUGCCUAUGGUUUUCUCCCUCAUCUCUCUGAAGCCGCGGCUCAAAUGUCAUGUUCUGCCUUCUCAGAAAGGGAGGAUCCUCAGGGAGGAUUUACCUGGCCAUCAUAUGAGUAUUAAUGCAAACGUGCAGUAAGGAAAUGAAAAGCCUGGGGAAAUACUACAUUGCUGCAUCCUAUGUAAAAUAUCUGGAGUCUGCAGGUGCAAGAGUAGUACCGAUAAGACCUGAUCUUACCAAAGAAGAGUAUGAAAGGCUUUUCCGGUCUAUUAAUGGGAUCCUUUUCCCUGGAGGAAGCGCGAAUCUCAAGAAGUCAGGUUACGCCCUCGCAGCCAAAAAAUUUUACAACUUGGCCAUACAGAGUUUCGAUGAUGGAGACUAUUUUCCUGUGUGGGGCACAUGCCUUGGAUUUGAAGAGCUUUCGUAUCUGAUUAGUGGGGAGUGCUUAUUAACGCUCACGAAAACGGAAGGAGUUACGAUGCCGCUCAACUUCACCAAAGGUGCAUUCCAGAGCAGAAUGUUCCAGAAUUUUCCUGCUGACUUGUUGAUGUCAUUAUCACUGGAACCUCUAACUGCAAAUUUCCACAAGUGGAGCCUCUCCAUGACGAAUUUUACGAUGAAUGAAAAGUUAAAGAAGUUUUUCAAUGUGUUAACUACAAAUACAGAUGGCGAGACUGAGUUUAUUUCAACCAUGGAAGGGUACAGGUACCCAGUAUACGGUGUCCAGUGGCAUCCGGAGAAAGCACCUUACGAGUGGGGGAAGUUAGAAGGUAUUUCUCAUGCUCCAAAUGCUGUGAUGGCGGCGUUUUAUUUAGCAGAGUUCUUUGUUGCUGAAGCUCGGAAAAACAGUCAUCAUUUUGAAUCUGACGUGGAAGAGAAUAAAGCACUGAUUUAUCAGUUCCGUCCAGUUUAUACUGGAAAUAUUUCCUCAUCAUUUCAGCAAAGUUAUAUAUUUGAUUGAAAGCCUGCCAUGUGUUAACACAGGAAUUUGGGAUAAUUCCACUAUUAAACUGUUGUAAUAACUUGCUACUCAUGGCAAUAAUGGAAAGCCACAGAGAUUCCUUUUCUGUAAUGUUCCUGGUUCUGAUUCUUCAUUUAGUGUGUUUGAAUAUUUAUAUCACAUUUGAAAAUUAAUCAGUGAGACAGAUUAAAAAAUCACAGUGUAUUCCAUGGAAAAGAUUUUAUGUGAAACUUAAAACAAAAUAAAUGUAUUGAAAAUCCAAA